AUGAUGAAUGCCUGUCUCGCGUGCCGUAAGGUCAAGAUGAAGUGUCGCGCCGGCCUGGCAGGAGCUGAUUCGAGAUGUGAGCGGUGUGCCAAAAAGUCGAUUGACUGCGUGUUCCAAGAGCAUCGGCGCGGUCGUAAGCCAGGCACAAGGAUAACUCGAGCACGGCACGCAUCGCCCACGAGGGCCUCGCAACAAGCAUCUCAAUAUGGGGCUCUGACCGGCUCCUCCUAUCAUGCGUCUCUUACUCCGGUUAGCCAAGUCCACGAAGAUGUCUCCUCUACCGAGCCAAGCGACUUGCAACCGUCGGGGCUGUUGAAUCUCGAAGCCGGCAAGUUUUCACUUCAAUAUAUCCUUGGUAGUGGUAAUGGAGACAAUGCGAAUUCUUCGUCCGUCCCGUGCUCCUUGUCCAACGAUGACCCCAUUCACCUUGGCCUGAUUAAUCUACAAUUGGCUGGAUGUCUUUUCCAGAGUUUUAUGGAUGUGUUAAACCCAUACAUAUGCCAACUUGACCCAGCCUUGCAUUCUCUAAGCUAUGUCCGAGAGAAGUCACCGUUCUUAUUUACCGCAGUUCUCGCAAUGGCGGCCAAGGCCUUCGACACGACCAUGUACCGGCCUUUAUACGACCACGCCAAUCAGCUAAUGGGCGUCAGCUUUUGCCAGGGCAUCAAGUCCACGGAAUGCGCCCAAGCGAUAAUGAUCCUGACAUACUGGAAAGAACCACAGGAUACGCGGGCAUGGACGUUGUUGGGCUACGUGAUUCGCAUGUGCAUGGACCUGGGCUGGCACAAGCUGAAGCCCCCGUCGCUGCAAUAUCAGCAAGCCAUGAGCGACGAACAAAGAAGAGAGGCUCGAAAUAUUGAGCGGACGUGGUAUGUACUGUUCGUGUAUGACAGAAGUAUAAGUCUGCAGACAGGGAGGCCUUUUAUGAUCGAGCAGAAUGAGUUCAUCGACUCAAUCGAAGAGUGGUGCAAAGACCCAAUGUCUCUCGCAAACGACUACUUCCUGGGGGCUCUCGUAAAAUUACGACUGGAAACCUCGGCAGCAUUUAGCCUGCUCGGGUUCCGGCAACGGAGGAGUUAUACGGCAAGCCUCCACGAGACAGAGUCAUUGCUAGCUUUGAUUCAUGGGCGCAUUCAGGACUGGGAAAACCGCUGGAUCGACCUCACAAAGGCGGUGGAGCCAGCCGAGGACAUCAGCUGCCACCACUUUCUUAUCCUUUUCUAUGGCACACAUCUCCGGUUGCAGCUAUUUUUAUUACCGCUUCAGAAUGCACUCGCGUCACACGAGGCAGAAUCAUAUUCGGGCCUGGAGGUGCUCUGGAUUGCGUAUUCCAGUGCCAUCGACCUGCUUCAAGUGGUAUCUCAACGUUCCUCCCAGCUAUAUAUUGCUCAAGAUUCUGUUCACAUUAUGAUUGCCUAUGCAGCCGCAUUUCUCGUAAAGCUGCUUCUACUGGCGCCAAAAGCGAUGGUUGCCAAGAUAGAGACCAGUGUUAUCAAUGCCAUGCGUAACGCAGCACUUGCGCUUUCUCAACAAUCUCCUCCCAGUGGAUCGAGCUGUGCGCUUCAAGCCGCCUUUCUUGAUAAGAUCACGUCGAACCUGACCGCGAAAUCGAAGAGUGAUACUCGCCCUAUAAGUUCCAGUUUGACCCCUUUACCAACAGAAGCAGACGAUGUCACCAGUAAAGAUUCAGGUUUAUUCAGUAUUGAAGGCACAGACAAUAUCUUUGGAUCCACCAAUCUGGACCUCCAGCUCACCGACGACGAGGGAUGGGUGAGCAUCUUUGCCCAAUCUGGGUUUGAUUUAGAGGAGGGCGUUUUUCUGAAUUGA